UCUGGGAUUGGAAGAACCUUUUCUUUUAUAUGAUAAGAUUUUCAGUAAUCAUCAUAUCUGACAGGUGUGUCUGGAUGGAGGCCUGCGGCUGGGCACUUUAAGGGAACUGCAUUAUUUAGACUUCUGAUCAACCAAUGAGGUAAUAUAGAAGUUGUUUUGUGCUGGCUUGGUAAAUCUAAGUAUUGUAAUAUUCACCAGCUUUUGGGGUUUGUCUGCCCCAUUCUGUUUGCAGUUCACUCUAAUUGAGUGACCUCAGCGGGCUCCCAUGGGCAGCAUUCUCAGGCAGCCACACUUCUUGAGGUUCAGAUACACAGGAGAGAUGAGCUUGUAGUUGCCAAAAGUCCUUUUAGAAAUAGUCCACAGGUUAUAGUCCAAUGUCCAUAUUCAGGGUGACUCCAGUCAGUGACUGGGGAUCUCAAUCCUUAUGGCUUAAGGUUUCCCCCUCUUGAAACCCAAAGCUGAGAUGAAGGAGGAUGGUGUCCCAAGGUUUUUACAAAUUUCCAGCAGCCUUUUGGCCUGAGAAAACAAUAAGCUUAACCUUCCUUCUCCCAUACAUCAUGGCAAUUAGCAUAGGGUAAUUUAUUCAUUAAACAGUUCAGAUACAGGUUACCACAACCUUCAAAGAGACAUAUCGACAAUAAUACUAUUCCACUUAAAUGUCUUCCUAUAUAUUAAUACUCCUUUUUUGACCUUUGAAUCAAAGCCAUAGCAAUAGACAAGACUUGUUUGCUUACAUCACAAGACCUGAGCAAACAUCUAUCCUUCUAUCUCUAACAAUGCAGGCUUGCAUUUCAAAGCUCUAUUCAUUUACAUAUCUUCCUAACCAGUCUCUAAAGUUGGGCCAUGAGUCAGGUCAGUCUGUGAGUUAAUUAAUUCUUUCUGGCCCUGUUUCACCUUUCAAUGAGAUAUUCUAUUACACUCAUAACUUCACAGCAUGAUUGUAAAACACCAGGUUACAGACAUGUAAUUGAAGGCCUUGUGUGACAGGCCCGCCUUUAUUAGUAGCAAUGAGGCACCAAGUGCCAUUUUGUAUUGAUUUAUCUUUUAGAGCAGACCAACAGUUACAGGAAAACAAAGUUCAAACUUAAAAGUCUAUAUGAAAGCAUGGUGUAUAUGUGUUACUUGCUCUGUAAAAGCCAUCCUGAAUUGACACACAGCCCUUCCGCCCAGGAGAGAAGCUGCUUACAUUUAAAGAGAAGGGCAUUGAAAAUGGAAUCACAAAAUCUAGUUCACAGCUAUAUUGCUACAUACACCACAAAAACAAAAUCUUCCCCCUUUUCCUCUUGUUCCAUUUACUGGUUACACCAGUCCCCUUCAUGGAGGUGAGCAUGAUGGAACUGACUUGGUGCAAAAUCAGGCAGCUACAUAUACAAUAUACUGAAAAUAUAUUUUUUUGGGUAAAAUGAUUUCUCCCAGGAGACCUAAUCAGAUUUAAUUGGUUAUGCUGGAUGCUGUGGUAUCACUGCUAGAGGAAAAGCCCUGCCACUGCUUCCCCACCCGCCGGACAGGCAGAAAGAUCUCCAUUUACAGCAUGGCCUCCCUGCAUCUACUUAAGAGACUUGACAACUAAAGUGUUGUGAAAUCAGGGCAAUGAUCUGAUUUUCUACCUCCCAGAAACCAAAAGUUGGCUUCUUGCAGCCUGCAUGUUAAUAAUUUGAUGUUCUCAUGGAAGUGAAAAGACUCUGCUUACGUAGUAAGUCUUCAUACUGAAGGAUUCUGUAAAACCCAUAUUAACAAAAUCCAUAGCAUCUUAAAACAGUCUAAACUGUCUCCUGGAUCAUAUGAUUAGCCAUCUACAAAAAACAACCAACCCUCUGUGUAUGGAAAUGUAAGUUACCCUGAAUUCUCAUUUAUUUGUCUGUGCAGCUCCAGGCUGUAUCUUGUUUCAUUGUAGUCUAAAGUCAAGGAAGAGUAAGAAAGGCUAUGAUUGCUACAUAAGAUAAACAGGAACCUGUUUUAGUCCAAAGUGUGUGUGUGAACAGUACCAAGUUUCAAUAAAUAAUAUUCAGGCUGCUGGCAUGUGACAUAAAUACUGGAUUUUGACUCAUACUGAGGGAAACUGUUCCAAGAGCUGCUUAAAUAAAUGUCUGCAUAUACAUGCCAAAAUUGGUCUCUGCUCAUGAGUUGUUUUAAAAGGGGAAAAUGUUGAGACAGUGUGACCUACCAGUUAACAGAAAGCACUAAGAGCUAGGACUCCUGAAUUCUUUGAGCUCUGCACUGAUUCAUUGCAAGACCUUAAGCCCAGGCACUUCACUUCGCUAUACCAUCAUUAGUCCAUCUAUAUACCUCCCUCCUGGGCACUGAGAGAAUGAGCUAGUUAAUAAAGCAGCAAAGAGUCCUGUGGCACCUUAUAGACUAACAGACGUAUUGGAACAUAAGCUUUUGUGGGUGAAUACCCACUUUGUCAGAUGCAUGGUUAAUGAAGUGCUUUGAAAAAACUGCAACCUACUAAAAAUAACAUCCGUUUCCAUGCAGGGACAGGUCAUGCUUGAUUUUGGGGGGAAGCAGCAAUAUAUUUUAUAGUUUAAGGGGUUGGGAUAGCAUCUCCUGUAGAACACAAAUGGAGCCAAGAAAUUUGCAUUAGGUCAUUAUCACAAUAGCUGCCUCAAGCUGGACUCCUUUGAUGUGGGGCAAGUACAUUUUGACACAGCUCCAUGACUACAGUUUGUAAGAAAUGCAAAAGAGCAACAGAAUUCCCCCAACAUCUAACAUGACUAUUUCUUCCACACCACUGUUAGCUUGGUCAGGUCCAAACUCUCCUCUCUGCUGACAGCAAUGCUGCUAAUUAUGCUCCUACAGCAGUUCCUUGCCCUGCUUGUAUAUCUGCUUUUGUUCCUGAGACUGAGACACCUCAUCUCCAGCAAGAAGAUAUUUUUCCCACCUGUCAUGGAAAGAUUCACCAUAAUUUACAACAGAAAGACCUCGGACCAGAAAGAGGAGCUCGAGUAGCUCGCAGGAGUUUACAAACACCACAGAGGAGCUGGUGCUGCUGGAUAUCAGUUGUGGCAUUGGAGCCAACUUCCAGUUCUACCUGUUGACACCGAGUGACCUGCACAGACCCCAACUUUGGGAAGUUUCUUUUCAGGAAAAUCGCUGAGAAUCAGUACCUCCAAACUGAGAUUUUGUGGUAGCCCAAGUUCUCUGCUGAAUCCUGGUGCAAUGCUUGAUGCAGAGUAUAGAGAAGGGGUGGAAUCCACAAAGGAACUCAGGUGCCUAAACCUAGAGUUUAGGAACCUUAGUUCCAGUUUUGGCUCCACUGUGAUCCACAAAACUCUUCCCAAACCCUGUGAAAGCCUGGCUUAACAUGAGUAAUUAAAGAUGGGGGAAACCUCAUUUCUUGGAAGACAGGAUAAGGAAGGUAACUAGAUCAGCAGGCUGAAAACAGAAAGUUUGUACUAAGGUAAGUAAAUAGGUCUCUAAGCUGAAAGACAGAAUGUCUGAGCUAGCUAAAAUAAGAGGGAGAAUACACAGAGAAUCAUUUACUAAAAACAAGCUAACAAUGGAUAAGAGAAGACUGGAACACAAGAUGAGGUGAAGAGUAAGUUGGGCAUGGACAGAACAUGCUGUAGAAGAGGGAUUGGUUCCUACAAAAUGACCAAGCCAACCCCAAAAAUGUGAUGCACUGUAUUGUGUAAUGUAUAUAAAGGAAGAGGUUUGCUGUGCAACUUUGAAUGUGUGGUACGCUCUAUACCCACCUCCUACGUUUGAGCCUGAUCAACUCCACAUAGAGGCUGUAUGCCAAAUAAAAGCACCUGAGUGUUGAGACUGGAGUCAAACAGAGUUCUUUGGGAACCAAGUGGAAAUAGGUCUUGGGAGAACCCCAACACGCUGUAGGUACUUAAGCUCACUCAGCACCUAAGCUUUCAGUGUACAAGUUCCCAAGCCACCUAAGUUUCUGCUUCACUCUAAGCACUAGGACAUCUCUUUCCCGCCUAACCCCCAGAGUGAUUCACAGACUAGGGAAAAACAGGAAUUCCUGUUGAAGCUGUUCCCCUGUGGCUAAAUAAUGAAAAAGAGAAGUUGGAGCAUGGGUCUGGACCCAGGGUCUCCCACCUUCUGGAUAAACCCUUAGCCACAACAUUGAAGAUGAGACAGGGCUGCUUUAAGAGAGAGGGCGGAAACUGUUAUCUGAAACUUGCUAACUGUUAAGCUUCGGGGAUUUGCAGCAUGUUGCAUCAAUCAAGUUACACACUGCAGGAUCCAGCCUAUAUCAGUUUAUCAAAUAACCAACCAGCUUCCAGACUGCAUCAGUUGUUCCUAACAGAGCAGCUGGUCUUUUUUUCUCAAGUUUCAGCCAGGACCUUUACACUGGAUUUUGAAAUUGGCUAUAGAAGCCGCCUAACAGAUGAGUACAAAGAGCAGAAAAUAACCCCAAGAGUGAACAGAGCUGCUUGUUAUUCACUCUGCAUUCUGCCUAAACUUUGAGGGAUCUUAUUUUUAAAUAAGCAGGCUCUUUUCAGGGCAGGUCCUACUGAGAAGUGGGAAUGGAAAAGGCAGUGGUCCUGUUUCUCCGUGUUAGCAUUCAGCUGCUUGCCCUGCCCAUAUACCUGCUAUCAUUUCUGGGCAUGUGGGACCCAUUCUGUAAGAAGAUAUUCUUUCCCUUCUUCAUAGAGAAGUUAACUGCAAGUUACAACCGGAGGGCAUCAGGGCACAAACAAGCGCUGUUCUGCAACCUGCAGGAGUUUACAGGCCCCUCGGGGGAACUGACUUUGCUGGAGAUUGGGACUGGCACUGGCGCCAACUUCCAAUUCUAUCCACCUGGCUGCAAAAUUACCUGCACUGACACAAACCUCAACUUCCAGCGUGGUCUCUCCAAGAGCAUGGCACAGAACCAGCACCUGCAGUUUCAGCGCUUCCUGGUGGCCCCAGGGGAGGACUUGAAUCAAGUGGCUGACAGUUCUAUGGAUGCAGUGGUUUGCACCUUGGUCCUGUGCUCAGUGCAAAGCAUAGAGGGUGUCUUGAAAGAAGUUUUGAGAGUACUCAGACCCGGUGGGGCAUUUUAUUUCUUAGAACAUGUGGCUGCAGAUCCUUCAAGCUGGAGCUAUUUCUGGCAGCAAGUCUACUAUCCAACUUGGAAACUUGUGUUUGAUGGAUGCUGCCUGACAAGGGAGACCUGGAAAAACCUUGAACAGGCCAAGUUUUCAGAAAUAAAGUUACGGCACAUACAAGUCCCAUUAUACUGGACUCCAGUUCGGUCUCAUAUCGUCGGAUAUGCAAUAAAAUAAUUCUCACUGUGCUUUAACG